AGGCAACCUGAUGUUGGGAGUUCAGGAAAGAAUGGUGAAGAGGUGGUUGUGUCUGAUGUUGGUGAUAAGGAUGAAGUUGGUGGGGAAGUUCCAGUGGAUGAUGUCGGUGGUAAGGUUGAAGUUGGUGGGGAAGUUUCAGUUCCAGUGGCUGAUGUUGGUGAUAAGGAUGAAGAUGGUGUGGAAGUUCCAGUCCAGUGGCUGAUGUUGGUGGGGAGAUACCAUUAGCUGAUGUUGGUGGGCAGUUUAUGGAUGUGGAUAACAUUGAAGAGAAUGAUGUAAUUAUGAUAUCAAGUGAUGAUGAGGAGUAUGAUGGAAUUGUGCAAUUAAGUGAUGAGGAGGAGGAUGAUGGAAUUAUGCAAUUGAGUGAUGGAGAGGAGGAUGAUGGUGUGGAGAGGGUUAUUCAUAAUUUUGAUAAGGUCAUUAGCAGCUCUGAUUCUGGUGGAGGCCAGACAAUGGCAUUGCCUAAGUUGUAUGUGGUGAAUCAUAUUAGGGCAAACUGGGAGAAUAUCGUUCUACAAACCCCUAGGGGUAGAACUUAUAGUUGUCUGCUGAAAAGAAGGAAUCCAAGGAAGAUUGAUACUCCAAUCCACAUUGCAAAGGAUUGGUAUCAAUAUGUGAAGGAUCAUGAGUUGAAGUAUAGGGAUGUUGUGCACUUUAGGCCAGUUAGCACUCACAACAAUUUGGUUAAUGUUACCAUUACCCGUGGGCAGCCGUAUGUAUAAUAUAUGGCAUCUCAAUCAUUCUCUUCGACACAAAGAAGAAAUGGGAUUGCUGAUGGAAGGCUCUGUACUUGCGGCCUUACCCCAGCCCUAAAGACUUCAUGGUCCAGUAGUAAUUAUGGACGAAGAUAUUUUCAAUGUCCUUUGAAGGCUUGUGGGUAUUAUGAUUGGCUUGAUCCCCCUGUGCAUGGGCAAGUUGUUGAAGCCCCCAUGACUGCUGCUGUGACUCCUGGUCAAGUUGUUCAAGGCCCCAUGACUGCUGCUGUGACUCCUGGUCA